UGAGCUGUCCAAGCCUUUCUGGGCGUGGUCGGUCAGACUUGACGUUUUUUUUUUUGGCAUAGUCUUGUAGUUUAGCGGUGUGGCAGGACACUUUCUGCAGGGAGGGCUGUUGUUGAAGUUACUGGGUCACGCCGCAGCAGACCGAGACAAGCAACCAUGACUACAACAAAUAUGUUUCAGGGACUUGAUAGUAGUGGCAAACCGAGUUCAAGGGUACUAAGACCUCCAGGUGGAGGGUCAAGCAAUCUCUUCGGUGGUUAUGAAGAAGACACUUCUGCCUCCAGACGGCCAAACAAAAUGUCCUCCUCUGUUUUCGCACCUCCAGAAGAGACCCAGGGGAGUACCAAACGCUCCAAUCCCCCAGGUGGAAAGAGCAGUGGGAUAUUUGGGGAGCCAGUGGCUCCUUCGACUCAGAGCAAGCCAGUUCCCCCUGGUGGAGCAGCCAGUAACAUCUUUGCGGGUACAGAGUCGACCCCACCUUCUGUGAAAAGUCAACAUCCCAACAAACCAAAGGACAAUUUAAGUGUGGGUGUACCUGCUACUCCAGAUCCACCAGCCCCAGUGCCUAAGAAGGAGACUGUAGUUGAGGAAGUGAAGGCGGAGCCAGUGCCCCUACAACCAACACCUGAAAAAGAGCCAGCAGCCCCUGCACCCGCAGCCAAUCAGAAUUCUGAGCCAGCCACACAGCAACCAACAGAAAAGGACCACGAGCCACGCCUCGGACCCCGCCCUCGCUCUCACAACAAAGUGCUCAACCCACCAGGUGGAAAGUCCAGUGUGGUUUUCUAUUAGCCAUAGCCAUCAUUGUCACUUCCUUUCUUCCAUCUGCUUUUAACCUGUACUAAAACUUAUCCUUUCUCAUUCUUUUGUUUUUUGUUUUUCCCUCAAGUCUGUCACUCUUCGUUCCUUUUUUGCUUCUGCACUUUUUUUUUUUUGAUUCAUUCCUCACUUUCCUUUUUCCUUUCCAUCUACUUGGAAUCACUGUUGCCGUCGCUCCAAAAACUGAAUGGUUAUGUUUCCUUUCAAAUGGUUUGCAUUGACGGUUGUUUCUCUAUAUGAUUAUGUUCUCUCAAUUUGCUAAUGUAUUAAAUACAAGUUUGCCUCAUGAAACUCCGCACAGUCUAUGCAGUGUUCAACUGGUACCACUGUUGGUCGCCAAAGCAAACUCUUCAGUUGCAGCGUAUUCAGAUCUUCCUUUGAAAACCAGUGAAUGUGUUUCUUUUGUGCAAUAAGGUGACUUCAUUUCUCAUUUUUUACUCUGCUCUUGCAUUUUUUUUAUUUAUUUUUUUUAUGAG